UGAGUUCACGGCUGCGGACACAUCUCCGGCCCCUUUAGCGUCUUUGGCUCCGCCCCACAGCCGAACCGUUGCUACUGAAGUUACCAUUAGCAACUGGGCAGAGCCCGGCUGAACACCACUUCGCACCACUACCGGUGUUGUUGUCCUGGCAAACACGAUAAGCUCUCCCGUUUGCAGCGAACAGCACCGGCCGUAACAAACAAGUGGCUUGUUUGCUGUUGGGAUGUCAGUGAGACUGGCCAUGGUUCACACGUAAGGUCACAGUGAGUGGCACUGCCAUGUUGCCAGGAGUCGGUGUAUUUGGCACUGGGAGCACAGCCCGAGUGCUGGUCCCGCUGUUGAAAGCUGAAGGCUUUGAGGUUCAUGCACUGUGGGGACGGAGCGAAGAGGAAGCGUGCUGCUUGGCAAAGGAACUUGGCAUCCCGUUUCACACCAGCCGAUCUGAUGAUGUCCUCUUGCACCAAGAUGUCGAUCUGGUUUGCAUCUAUAUUCCACCAUCGAUGACGAGGCAGAUUGCAGUCAAAGCACUGGGUAUAGGCAAGAAUGUUGUGUGUGAGAAAGCUGCAACCGCUGUGGAUUCAUUCAAGAUGGUGACUGCAGCCAGAUAUUACCCCCAGCUGCUCAGUAUUAUGGGUAAUACCCUGCGCUUCCUGCCAGCCUUUGUUUCGAUGCGCCAGCUGCUGGUGGAGGGAUAUGUAGGUGAAAUGCAGGUGUGUGACGUCCGCGUGUACGGACCAAGCCUCCUGGAUCAGUCGUAUGGUUGGACCUGCGAAGAGUUGAUGGGAGGAGGCGGUCUGCACACCGUCGGCUCUGCCAUCAUCGACCUUUUAAGCUACCUGACAGGCGCCCGAGCCCAUCGUGUGCAUGGUUUACUGCGAACUUUUGUCCAACAAAAUGGCGUGAUCCGGGGCAUCCGCCGCGUAACAAGCGACGACUUUUGUUUCUUCCAAAUGUUGAUGGGUGGAACUCGGUCCGCUGGCGUGUGUUGCACUGUGACCCUGAACUUCAACAUGCCGGGCUCAUUUGUACAUGAGGUCAUGGUUGUUGGAUCCACUGGGAGAUUGGUUGCCAGGGGGACAGAACUGUACGGUCAACGCAAUGGGGGUAAGGGCGAGGAGCUGUUGCUAGGCGACAGCGGGUGGGUGGGGCCAGAGGCGAAAGAGAUGCCCCUUCCUCACCUGCAGGGACUGAGCUCCAUGGUAAAGGCACUGAGAUCGUCUUUUCAGGCUCACGAGGAGCGCCGCUCAUGGGCACGAGGACCAGUUGCCAUGGCACCAACCUUUGAGGACGGUCUGUACGUGCAGACAGUGGUGGAGGCGGUGAAACGGUCCAGCUGUAGUGGAGAAUGGGAGUGUGUCGAGAUCAUGAGUCAGGAGCCAGAUCCGAACCACAACCUGUGUGAGGCACUUCAGAGAAACAAAAACUAAAUUCUCUGCUGAAUGUUUCUCCUUUAACUCGGCUGCUUCAGCAGUUUAUAUUAAACAUGACUACUUUGCAUAUUCACGAAAUAUUUUAUUUGAAAGAACAUAACUGCGCUGUGGGUCAAACUGUUGUGAUUUGUUUGCACUCCAUGGCUCCAUUAUUCUGAUUCUUACCAGAAAAUAUUUUAAUAGUUCACGAUAGUAAAUCUGUUCAAAACUACCUGUGGUCCGUUGAUAGACGUUGGUGCCAAAAAGUAGACGCUGCCUCUUUUACCACACCUACAUCAAAUAUUGGCCAAAAGCAAAAGUGAUUCAAAGAGCCAGGGCAUGUCAGACUACAGCCUCUCUUUUUACUGGAAGCAGCUUAUUUUGUUACAUUAAUGUUGAAUGGAAAAUGUAUAAUGCCCUAAUACCUACAUAUCAUUGCGGUUAACGCUGUUUCCGAUCCUCCUUGUCAGACCAGUGGUUGGAUCAUAACGUGUAAUAAAUGGCACGAGCUCAGUCUUACUAUGGCAACAGGGCAUUUUGAUCUACCACGGUUUGUUCAAGCUGUUAAUUACUGUAAGUGAUGAAUCUCUGUUGUACAUGAACAUUUGGUGUUUAUGAGUUUGGAUGAAAAUAUAUUGGUGUGAAUAUGCACCAAUAGCACCUGCAUUACGAAUAGGAGUGUUUACCUCAGGUGUGAGUCUCAAAGCAUGUGGACGAUUUGACUAACAAAUAUUGUGUCGUCACUCUGGCAGAGCUCAAACAAAUCUCCACUGGAGCUAAACUGAUGCAGAAUGAGAAUAAUGGAGCUGUGUACAGUUUUGUAUUUUAUUUGGAUGUUGUGAUAAUGAGCAUUAAUUUCUAUAGUUGCAAGAGGGGCUUGUUGGUUUUUAUGUUAUACCAUACCAGGGAAUGAGUUAAAUAAGCUAUGGAGAGAAUAAAAGUAAUUUGUAGCAGCCCCCUCAAAAUACCCAGGUUUCAUUUAAAAUGUUUUGGGGUGGUUUGAGCAUCACUGUGUUGUAAGCUAGAUAAUAGGUAGUAAAAGGUUUGAGGUUCCCUGCUUCACACACACAGCAGCUACACCUACUCCUGUAUCAUCAACACACCACAUUUUCUGUUGUAAUUAAUUUCCAAAUAAAUACACAAUUUCAAGAGGUUUAAGAUGAGCGCAGUGCAGACCCUAAAUAAUGUCUGAUCAGAACAAACAGCAUUGAAACUAAAUAUAAGGAUGAACCUACCAACAUGUCAGGCCUGAACAUGUUGAGGAUUUGUUGCUACAAAAGAAACAUUUUAGGUGAAGAUUAGCAGGCUUGUCCUAGAUAUUUGAGAUUAGUGUCCAAUGAUUAAUACAUUUUUGAGUUUAAAAGCCUGAAAGUGUCUAAAAUAUCUGUUUACAUUUAAAUUUGUUAGCCAUUGAAGUAAUUGUGUGUAUUUACAGUGCUUUAAAAAGUUAUUACAGAUGUCGAAGUCAUAAUCUUCAGGACACUUUUUAAUACCAGUCAUACUGAAACUGUACUGAUAUUUUCAAUUAGUUGAACCACUGGAUUUGACGUGAGAGUAUCAACGUGAGCCUCUCUAAUGUGCUCAGACCAAGAGAAGGAAGCGUUUACAGUUGUCACAGUUUACUCACUGCCUCUCACUUUCGGUUAAUGCGAUUAUGGAGCCGCACUGUUGGCAUCGCAUCAACGGGAAGUUGUUGAAGAAAGAGGCAGUGUGUGCUGGUUUGAUUUGAUGAAUCUGUCCCUUUCUUGGAUCCAUGAUUAUCUGCAAAUAUGGAUAAAUACAUGCUUACCUCACGCUUUCCCAACAGUGCUUUACGAGUUUACAUUCAGUGUCACGUUUUCCUGCAGAACACGUAAACAUUAAAAUACAUUCCAACAGUUUUCACCUUCUCGUCAACAGCUGUGUUUUUGUUUUUGACUUGUUUUUUUGCACUGAAAACUGAGAAAAUGACACAUAUUUAAAAUGCAGUGUAGCGUUUGUACCAGCUGGCUCUCUGCAGCAAAGAUGAGUUUAACAUUUGUAUGAGGAAGACUUUUUGUAUUUAUUUGAGUUGAUGUGGAGGAAGUUUGCCAUCGCUUGUUCUGUGUUUUCAGCCUGUGAAUUUCUCUUGAAAGCUGUAAUAUUUAUCUUUUUUUUUUUGGAUUUAGUUUUGUUUUAACUGAUAAUAUUGGCCUUUUGAGCACUAAUGUGUUGCUUUAAUGUUGGGAAACUGUACUGUUCAUCUGCCUGACAGAUAUUUCUUGUAAUAAAUAUCUGCUCUGUGUU